AUGCCAAACUUUUUUCUCAAUGUCUAUUCUAUCCAUAACUACGAUCACAUCCAAUGUAUUGUUCCUGAUACACUUCAUGAGAUACCGCUUUGGGUUACCAAUAUAGCUGAAGUUCAGGUCAAGGCCAUACACCAACUACAAGACAAGAGAACAGCCAAGAAAGGUGGAGAUACAUUUCAAAUAGCAGAUAGUGGCGAGGGUGUGGCUGCUCAACCAUCUUUAGUGCCACCUUCUGCCUUUGAUCAUGCUUCAACCAAACUGCGGAAGCCUACAUGCAAAGCCAAGGCAAAAACAGCAAAAGUGAGCACACAUGGUCCGAGUACACAAGGAAAGAAGGGGAUGGCACCCGCUCAGCAAGAUUCAGGAGCAUCGCAGCAACAUCAAACUGUCUCUGCGCCAUCAAUGGGAGGCCCUUCACAACAUUUUUACUUACCUACACCCCAACCACCCCAUCCUCUACAUCAGUCUUUCCCUCUGCUUCUGCCAAUUUCUGCUCUUCUCUCCUUACACUCCUCACCUCUAUUUCACCAAUCACUAUCUCAGUUGUAUUGCCCUCCCCCACAGUCAUAUCUUUCAUCUCAAUCAUGUGCCUCUGUGCCUCUACUUGCCUAA